AUGCUCAUAUGGCACGAGCAGUCUAACCGCUACAACACAGAGCUGUGGCACUUCAAGAAGCAGACUGCUGAGUUUAUAAAGGGAAUAAACCAGGACCAUGGUACCCUACGCCAAGACCUGGAGUGGACGGAGGUCUGGGUGGACCGCGUGGAGAGAGAGAUGGACUACGUCGAGACCCAGAAUCCAGCUAGGACCUGUGUGAACCAGGCAGACAGAAUGGUGGAUGUGGACCAGGAGGUGAAGGAGAGGGUGAAGGAGAGGAAGAAAGGGGGAGAGGAGGAGGAUGGGUACUCCAGAGUCUCGGGUGAGCAGAGAGAGGAGCAGUGGGAGGCAGUUGGGGGAGCUCUGACGUCUUGCACAGGAUGAUUGCCUUUGAUCUACAGCCUUUAUAUUUUCCUGCCUGACAGAGACUUGGCUGAGAGAGACCUGUUGGCUUAUGGAGCAUGGUUACAGUAUUUUUAGACCCUGCUGUUUUUUAAGGAACUUUAGAGAUAAGCACGUUAUAAACGACGGUUUGGAAUAUUGCUGUUGAAUAUGAUGAUGGAAUACCUUGGAUUUAUAAAGAUCCUUAUAUGAAGCACUUGUCUUUGCAAGUUUUUACAAUGUAUUAGAUUCACUGCUUGUACUGUUCUAACCAAACGAUUGCGAUGAUGUACACCACAGUUAAGUAUUGCUUCAUGACCUUUGACCUGAGUGAACUUAAUAGAGUUUAGCAGAAGUUGCAGAAGUGAUUGAGAUUGUGAGCUAAAACAUAGACAAAGACAGAUUACUACAAACUCUGAGAAGUCACCCAAAACUACAUGAAAGGGAUUUGGUUGUACUCCAGCUGCCAAUCCAUAAACAACAGUUUAUCUCUCGAUCAACAGUAAUGCACUGGUGCACACACACAUGCACACACGUACAAACACACGCACGCAUGCACACACACACACACACACACUCACAGAGACAGUGUCACUCAGAGUACAGUACAACAGUACAUUCACUUUGUGAGGACAGAAAGAGCUAGAGGCACAAGGCUCCUCCUUGUGCUCAUUCCAGCAACGUGAGCGAGCCAGAGAGUUUGAAACCCCAGAACCUGGCCCUUCUCUCUCUUUCUGUCCCUCACCUCCACGCGCACUCUCCCACACACAGGCACACACACAGGCUUACACACACACACACACACACUCCAACACACAGCUAUACACAAACACUCACACUGUAUGAAACCAACAAUAAGGACACCAAAAGGAGACCCAACCAGACCAAGGACGGAGGGAUACCGGUCCAGGCAGAAGGAAGUAUUUUUGCCACCUGGACUGACGGACGGGAAGCCCAGGUUGUCCCUUGGAUCUAUCCACCAUGACAACGGUUGUCUCCUUCCUCCUCUCCUUAGCCCUCGUCCUCACCAACGGUCAGUAUUACUACCAGGGGCUCAUGGAUUAUCUGGAAAACAGAUUCCUUGCUAUUGAGGUAAGAGACACACUUCUAACCAACCAUUUUACACUGCACAACUACCCCUGA